AUGGAAAUAGACAUGGAUGAUACCUUGUUAUUACUGAUCCAAAGUUACCAACAUAUCUUAGCUCUGGUUUUUGCGGUAAAGGAGAUUAAUGCAGACCGUACAGUCUUAACCAAUAUCACUUUGGGUUUCAACAUCUAUAACAACUAUUUUGAUCCAAAGCUUACAUAUGCAGCUACAAUGGAAAUUCUCUCCACACCUAGCAGAUUCAUCCCAAAUUAUAAAUGUGAUUUCCAGAACAAUUUGGUAGCAGUCAUUGGAGGGCCUAACUCAAAUGAUUUUCUUCACAUAGCAACUAUUCUGAGUAAAUACAAGAUUUCACAGCACGGGGUCUGCUUUGAUUUUAUUAAGGAGUUAACAGACAAGGGUUUAAGUGAAGCUCAAGCUGUUGCAGUCUCAGCAAUUCCAAAUAUAAGUCUUGCAUGGAAAAGCACAGUGAAUACAAUUAUCUUUCAUGGAGAAUAUCAAGGGAUAAUAUAUUUGUGGAUUCUACUUGAAGUCUCAGCAUUUCAUAGUUUGUCAGAGAAAGCAAAGGUCUGGAUCAUGACAGCAGAUGUAGACUUUACAUCAGUCUUGUUUCAAAAAUACUGGAGCAUGGAUUUCCUUCAUGGUUCUAUAUCCUUGGCAGUUCAAUCUAAGGAAGUGUCAGGAUUCCAGAGAUUUGUUCAGAUGAGGAACCCUCUUUUGAAUAAAGAAGAUGGCUUCUUGAAAGAAAUCUGGCAGCAACUGUUUAAUUGUCUGAUUCCAAACUUUUUCACUGAGUUAGAUGAUCAGAAUAUCUGCACUGGUGAGGAGAGGUUGGAGACACUUCCAAUGACUGUUUUUGAAGCAAGGAUGACUGCCCAUAAUUAUUGUGUCUACAACGCUGUCUAUGCUGUUGCAUAUGCUUUGCAUGCCCUGUAUUCAUCCAUGGACCACCAAAGAUCAGGAGUGACCUGGAAACUCCUUAAACAACAGUCUUGGAAGCUUCACCAUUUUCUGAGAGGAGUAUCAUUUAAUAAUAGUGCUGGGGAUAAGAUUUCCUUUGAUGAUAAUGGUGAAUUCAGAGGUGGAUUUGACAUCAUAAACUGGGUCACAUUCCCAAAUCAGUCCUUCCUUAGAGUUAAGGUGGGAACCAUUGAUCCAGACCCACUCUCAUGUCACCUGCUGACCAUUAGAGAAGAUGACCUCAUCUGGCCCAACUGGUUCAAUCAGGCAUCACCUCUCUCCUUGUGUAAUGAUAAUUGCCCUUCAGGUUACAGAAAGACCUCAAGAGAAGGAAAACCAUUUUGCUGCUAUGAUUGCAUCCCAUGUCCACAGAGAGAGAUCACAAAUCAGACAGAUAUGGACCAAUGCUUUCAGUGCCCAGAAGAUCAGUAUCCCAACAAUAAACAGAAUUUGUGUCAUCUGAAAUACAUAACUUAUCUCUCUUAUGAAGAAACGUUAGGAAGCAGCAUGACGACUAUGGCCAUUAUCCUUUCUCUUGCCACAAUUUCUGUACUAGGAGUGUUCUUGAAGUAUCACAACACUCCUCUCAUUAAGGCUAACAACCGCAGCCUCUCCUACACCCUCCUCAUCUCCCUCCUCCUCUCUUUCCUUUGUCCUCUGCUUUUCAUUGGCAGACCCAUGAUAGUGACCUGUCUCCUUCGACAGACGGCUUUUGGGAUCAUUUUCUCAGUGGCUGUUUCUUGUAUAUUAGCCAAAACCAUCACUGUGGUUCUUGCUUUCAUGGCCAACAAGCCAGGAUCAAAGAUGAGGACCUGGCUUGGGAAAAGAUUGGCUCUUUCCAUUGUUCUCUCCUGCUCCUUCAUUCAAACCCUUCUUUGUACAGUGUGGCUGGCCACCUCACCCCCUUUCCCAGACUUUGAUAUGCACUCCUUCAUUUCUGAAAUUGUUGUAGAAUGCAAUGAAGGGUCAGUUGUCAUGUUUUAUAGUGUCUUAUCUUUUAUGGGCUUGCUGGCUAUGGUCAGUUUUAUUGCAGCUUUCCUAGCUAGGAAGUUACCAGAUGCUUUCCAGGAAACCAAAUCCAUCACAUUUAGCAUGCUUGUUUUUUGCAGUGUCUGGAUGUCUUUUGUCCCUGCCUAUGUGAGCACCAAAGGGAAAUACACAGUGGCUGUGCAAAUAUUCUCCCUCUUAGCCUCCAGUGCUGGGCUUCUGGCCUGUGUCUUUUUCCCCAAAUGCUACAUCAUUAUUGUAAGGCCUGAUCUGAAUAAAAAACAGCAUCUAAUAAAAAGAAUUAUUUAA